UUGGAUUUGGAAUCGUCAAGAGAGAAUUCAAGGAAAAGAAUGUCUCUGAUCUAAAAUCCAACCACCGAAUUAUUUACAUUAUUCCAAGACUUUAGUUGUUGUCGUUGAAGCUUUAUUUACUUUUGUAAACAUUUGAUUAUUCCCAUCCAACAGACGUAGUUUUAUACUUUUAUUAUACCGUUUAUACCUUGUUUAAUACGUUCUGACAGUACUUACUGCUGCGUGUCAACUUAACCAAUUUCAACCUAAGCGAAUUCAUUUCAACCUUCUGCCCAAUACCAUUUUACCAUAUUAAAUCCGGGGGGCAAACACGUUUCCAUCUAUACAUUUACCACCAAAACGAUUAAUACCCAACGAACGUCCGGACGAGCGAACAAACGAACAAGUCAUCGCAAUCGAGUCGGGCGAAAUUCACACAUAUAUACAAAAACAGAGGCCAGCCAUGUCGGCAACGAUGACACUGGCCUUCCCACCAAUACCAACAGCAUCAAUAACAACCAUGACAGCCACGACCACUACAACAACAUCCUGCUGUCCGAACUGCGGACUUUCCCUCCCCUCGCCGUCGGAAUCACAAAUAGCGCUCGAGCAAGCACAAAAACAAAUCGAAGACUUACAAGCACAAGUGCGCCUCCUAAACCAGAAAGCCGCGGCGGCAGUCGAUCGAUGGGCCGAUUACGAAGACGAACUUUCACGCUUGAGGGCUGCGAGUACUACGUCGGUUGCUACGAGUAACGGUAGUCCGCGGUCCUCGUUUUUACCGUCUGGCGCUGCGGCGCGCAUCUCGCAGCUCUUGUCCCCGAGGAAGUCGGCGCCGAAUUUGGCGGCGCAGGCUAGGACUCGGGGGUCGGUGUCGUCGAAUUCGUCGACGCCUAGGGUGCCUUAUGCGGGAGGACAGGGGAAUGGGCAUCCACGGCCGAAUACUAGUGAUGUCGGGAGCAAUCGUGGACAUAGUCCUACGCCGAGUACGGAUGAUUUGCUGGAGGCGUUGUCACGGGAGAAAGAGCUGAGGGCGGCGGCGGAGGGGAAGUUGAAUGAUACGAGUAAAGAGGUUGAGGAGUUGAGUGCGACGUUGUUCGAGCAGGCGAAUGAAAUGGUGGCGUCGGAGCGGAGGGCGAGGGCGAAGCUUGAGGAGAGGGUUAGUGUGCUUGAGAGGAGGGAUGUGGAGAAGAGGGAUAGGUUGGAGAGAUUGGAGGGGGCGAUGGGGAGGUUGGAGAGGGUUAGGACGUUGCUUGAGGGGAAGUAAUGUUUUAAGUCGAGGGCGUUCCUGGACUAAUGAAGACUAAUAAUGUCUUCGACACGCGUGGGUCAGGGUGGAUUGAGCCGGCUCAGGUACCGGCACCCACCGCGAUCUUCUCGAGUCAUGACAUACCCAUAACGCAAGUGGCUGUGAGAGGGAAAGGCGUUGAUCGGUUAUGGGUCACGAGUUUUCUUAUUGCAUGAGGGUACAGCGGGGCGUCGUGGAAUCAUGGGGACUAUAUAUAAUGCUCUAUGAUCUCCCGGAUAAUAUGGUGUUUUGGGUGGUCGUAUUUGCAUAUAACAUCGAUAUCUGUUUUUCAGGCCUUUUGCUAAUAGGCUUGCAUGAGGAUUAUAUAAAAGGACGGGAUCGUCAUAUUUAGGGCUUAGGUGGGCAAAAAGGAUGUAUGAACCAUUAAGACUGAGGCAUAUCAGUGGGUGGCAUAGCUAUUAUAAUGAGAACAACAAUAGUUGCUUCAUAUGGGGGACGCUUAAUAUACUCAAAAUGACAAAUUGCGAUGAAUAGAGGU